AAAAAAAAAAAAAAAAAAAAAAAACUUCAACACCAUCAAAAUGGUCGACUACACCGACGACAAGACCUACGGUACCACCGGCACCACCUACGGGACCACCUACGAUGGCACCGCUGGCACCACCGGCUACGGCUCUACAGGCUAUGGCACAACCGGCUAUGGCACCACUGGCUAUGGCACCACUGGCUACGGCACCAGAGGGUACGACACCACCCGGGGCUACGAUACCACCGGUGCUGGCACCACUGGCUACGGCACGACCUACGACAACGGCUAUGGCAACACUGCUUACGACCCCAGCACCGGCGCCUACGAUCAGCACAUGGACUACCGCACCGAUAACUCGCAGCGUCACCACCGCGAGCGUGUGAACCCCAGCGGCACAUAUCGUCACCGAGACGUUGACCGUCGCGACGAUGGCACCACGCGUGUGCACCGUGAAUACGACAACCCUAACACUGGGACCAGCUACCACCGGGACUAUGAGCGGUAAUAAUGGUGGAGCGGAGUUUAUGUGGAUGUUGAUUUUGGCUUGUGUAUAGAUGGGAUGGAGUGGAUAUAUGAGUUAUGAUGAAAAAAAUAUAUAUAUAAAAAAGGCAAAAAAAAAGUGGAAAAGGAUUGAAAAAAGCAGCAAUAAAAAUUUUGUUUAUUAGCGAAUAGAAAAAAU